UAAAGAGUGCUUGAAUCAAUCCCAUUGAGGUUCCUCUUCAUCUUCCAAUGAGUGAAGAUAGACAAAUUGAUCCAGCAAUCGUUCAUCCAUCCAUUGCUCUUUUGCAAGAAAGGUUCAAACAGUUGGAGAGAGCUAAGGAGAUAAGGCAGGAGAAAGAGCUCUUACGGAUGUUGCCUGAAUCAAGGCAGAUCAAUGCAGCUAUGCCUUACGUGCCAUGCAGAUCACUUUUCCACCCUAUACUCAUACUUCAGUCAAAGCUGCCUCUUCAGUGUACACUCAAAAUAAAAGCCAGUUUGCAAAGCAGGAAUACCCAGGUUCAGGCAAUUCAGACUCCAAUAUUAGAGAAUUUAUGGUCCGGAGACACUGUCAUAUGCACAACUGACCAUAAUGAUAUUUCAGAUGUUGAUGCUACAUCUGUGAACAAGUUUAACAAUGUUAGUCUAUCUAGUGGUCCUGUGGUUUCCUUCUGUUUCUUCUUCAUGGUGAAGUAAGAAUAUGGGAAAGGAAAAAAAAAAGGAGCUAAAGAAAAAGAAAACAGAAUAUGCAAUGUAGCUAAUUUCCAUUAGCUUAUGUAUCUUCAGCAACUACAUAGCGAUCAGAAAGACAAUUCUCUUCUCUCUUUUGAAAUGCAUUCUUAGCAUAGGUAAUGUUAUCCAAUUUGUCACCAUUCCCUUUCCUCUUCAUGAUUUUGGGAAUCAAUUGAGUUACUUCUG